UUUCCCAGAUGGGUUUUCCUAGUUCUUCAUAUAUCAUGAAAAUGAUUUGGAGAGAUGUCAUCCAGAGAAUCAUCUUCCUUUCACUUAUUGGACUUGGCGUCCUAGGGAACACCAUCUUAUUUGUGAGGCAUGUGCAUGCUCUCAUCAUGGGUCCUGAGAGAAAAAAUACAGAUGUUAUUCUCAUCCACUUGGGUUUUGUAAACACAAUCAUUAUUUUUUGCAUAGGGGUCAGAAACAUAGCCACAAUUUUUUAUAUCAGAAACAUCCCAGGUGAUGUUGGGUGUAAAACUAUAAUUUAUCUAGAAAGGGUUGCCCGUGGUCUCUCCAUCUGCACCACCUGCCUCCUCAGUGUGGUCCAGGCUGUCACCAUCAGUCCCAGGACCAGCCUUUGGAGAAAGUUCAAACCACAGACUGCAUGCCAUGUUCUUGCCUUUCUCCUCCUCUUUUGGGUCAUCAAUUCCCUGAUAAGCUCCAACUUGAUUCACUACAUCACAGCAGGCAAUAGCAUGAACAGGUCUGUAGUUGGGAUAUAUACUGAGAAUUGCUAUAUGCUGCCAUCCAGGCACACAGUUAAGUGGCUUUUCCUCUCUCUCAUGGCUCUUCGUGAUGUCAUUUUUCAGGGUCUCAUGGGCUGGAGCAGUGGGUCCAUGGCUCUCCAGCUGUAUAAACAUCACAUCCGGGUCCUCUACCUUCACAGCUCCAGCUCUGGAAAUGAUUCCAGGCCAGAAAUCAGGGCUACACGUAGUGUUCUCACUCUCAUGACCUGUUUCCUUUUCUUUUAUUUAGCAGAUUUCAUUUUCUCCUUUUACAUAGGUUCCAUAGUGACAAUUGAUUUCACAAUACCAAAUAUGAAAGCAUUUUUAGUACUUAGUUAUGCUGGUCUCAGCCCCUUUCUCCUGAUCAUCAAAGAUGUCCUUGUUUUUAAGCCCUGCAGUGUCCAUUGA